AUGGAGUUCCAGGAUCCUUGUCCUGUCUGUGGAGACAAAGUCUCUGGAUACCACUACGGCCUGCUGACCUGCGAGAGCUGCAAGGGUUUUUUCAAAAGAACAGUUCGAAACAACAAGAAGUAUGUGUGUGCGGUGAACCAGGAGUGCAGCAUUGAUAAGAUUCAGAGGAAACGGUGUCCAUUCUGCAGAUUCCAAAAGUGUCUUCAUGUUGGCAUGAGACUGGAAGCUGUUCGUGCUGAUCGAAUGCGAGGUGGCAGAAACAAGUUUGGGCCCAUGUACAAGCAAGAUCGGGCCCUCAAGCAGCAGAGGGAAGCUCUGAUUCAAGCUUGUGGAUUCAGACCUGAGAGUCGAGCACCUGUGGUCUCCUCAACGCACCAGAAUGUCCUCACCUUUGCUCGUGGCCUGUCCCCAGAUUCUGUCCUUCAGAGCACCUCACUACCCACAACUCAGAAUGCCCUCAGCUGCCCUGGUGCCACCUUCUACCAGCGCGUCGCCUUCUCAAACUCCACAAUCAAGACGGAGCACGACAACAUCUGUGCAAGUUCAGCAGGGACCUCCAACGACCUGGACAAACUUCACUCACAGGGUCCAAUGAUGCCUCAGCUCGUGAUUGAGUUCUUACUCUGUGAUCAAGAUGACCUGCAGCUCCAGAGAAGGAUCAGCACACACGUCCAGCAGGAGCUGAGGAAACAUGUCAACCCCAGCACUUUCAGUCGGAUGUGCCUGAUGGCUGAUCAGACACUGUUCACUCUUGUGGAAUGGGCUCGCACAUCCAUCUUCUUCAAACAACUGAAGGUGAAUGAUCAGAUGAAGUUACUGCACAGCUGCUGGAGUGAACUGUUGAUUCUGGACAUUGUCUCCAGACAGGUCCUCUCUGGCAAAGAAGGCAGUCUGCUCCUCGUCACUGGGCAGGAGGUGCCACUGUCACUCAUAGCUUCUAACACUGGUCCCUCCUUGUCCAGUCUGAUCCAGAGAGGACUAGACCUCAUUGAGAAACUUCAUGUCCAAAAAGUGGACCGCCAGGAGUUUGCCUGUAUCAAGUUCCUUAUACUUUUUAACCCAGAUGUGAAAGACCUGGAGGAACAUCAGCUCAUAGAGAGUGUGCAGGAACAGGCUGAAGGAGCUCUCCGGGAAUAUACACUCUGCACGUCCUCUCCGUACCUCGGACGCUUCACUAACCUGCUGCUGUGUCUCUCUGAGUUACGCUCGCUCAGCACUCUUGCUGAGAACUACAUGUACUGCAGACACCUGAGCGGCGAGGUGCCCUGCAACAACCUGCUCACUGAGAUGUUGCAGGCUAAGAACAGCUGA